AUGAUUUCCGUUCUUCGUCAACCUUCGAGACAGCUUAUCGGUUUGCGGGCGGGAAACACCGUCACGCGGCGCGCCGCUCUUGCGGGAACCGGAAUCCGGUUCAAUAGCACACAAACACCAGAACCACCCAAGUUCGACACCUCGCUGGGCUUCGACACAGAAACCGUCACCAACACCCUCACUUCUGACCAAUGGGGGUAUCUAAAAAGCGUUGGUCUGUGCGACGGCUGGUGGCCGUCUGAUCUGAUCCAGACCGCUCUCGAGGCCGUCCAUGUGACCACGGGCCUGCCGUGGUGGGCCACCAUUGCUGCCACCACCAUAGGACUGCGUCUGGCGUUCUUCCCGUUAUUCAUGUCUUCGUCCGACGCUAUGGCCCGUUCGCAGGCAGCUGCGCCAGAAACAAAGGUCCUGCGUAAGGAGCUCAACACCGCAAUGUCCAAGGGCGACCGUAUAGGCCAGCAGCUCAAGAUGCAGGAGAUCAAGAAACUCAACAAGAAAUAUGGUGUCAAGUACUCCAGGAUGUUUCUCUCGCCCGGUGUGCAGUUCACCUACGGUAUUGGGUCGUUCUUUGGUAUCCGUGAGAUGGCCAACCUGCCUGUGCAAGGUUUUGAGAACCAGGGUAUCUACUGGUUCCCUGAUCUGACUGCUCCUGAUCCAUACAUUGGACUGCAACUGAUCUCUGCCUGUUUGUAUGCUAUUUCGUUCAAGUUUGGUGGAGAAACAGCCAUCAACCAGUUCAGCUCCACCACGCAAAAGAUGUUCAUGGCUCUGCCGUUUGUGUCGAUCGUGUUCACGUGGAACCUGUCGUCGGCGGUGCUGGUGUAUUUCACCGCCAACGGUGUGUUUUCGAUCAUCCAGGCCCGGUUGUUGAGGACCCCAAGUUUCAGAAAAGUGUUCAACAUGUAUCCUUUGCAAAAGCCGGCUGCCGAGCAGACCAAGGGAAUGAUGGAGAACUUUUCCGACACUUGGAAGGAGAUGCAGGAGAACUCGGAGAUCCGCGAGAAGGCCGACCAGAAGGCCAAGAACGCGGCUGCGCGCCAGCUGCUCAAGGCCAAGUCGCAGAAGGUGAUUAUUGAGAAGCGUGAAUAA